AGAAGAGGCUUUGGAGUAAAUCGGAGAGACAACAGCGGCUUGGACCUCCAGCGAGGAGUGUUUAAUUGUCUGCGCUUUAUUGUAAAGUAUUUAAUUUCCACACACAGAUUCGACAUGUCAUCGUCCGGUAAAGACAACAGCGGUGCCCAACAUGCCAAUUACGUGGGACCUUACCGUUUGGAGAAGACGCUCGGGAAAGGACAGACAGGGUUGGUUAAGCUGGGAAUCCACUGUGUAACAUGCCAGAAAGUCGCCAUAAAGAUUGUCAACCGGGAGAAACUCAGUGAGUCAGUACUAAUGAAGGUGGAGCGAGAAAUAGCUAUUCUGAAGCUCAUAGAACACCCACAUGUUUUAAAGCUACAUGAUGUCUACGAAAAUAAAAAAUACUUGUACCUUGUGCUAGAACAUGUGUCUGGUGGUGAGCUGUUUGACUACUUGGUGAAGAAAGGCAGGUUAACACCUAAAGAGGCCAGGAAAUUCUUCAGACAGAUCAUGUCUGCGCUGGAUUUUUGCCACAGUCAUUCCAUAUGCCACAGGGAUCUGAAGCCUGAGAACCUGUUGCUAGAUGAAAAGAACAACAUCAGGAUAGCAGACUUCGGCAUGGCCUCCCUUCAGGUUGGAGACAGUCUCCUGGAAACCAGCUGCGGAUCUCCGCAUUACGCCUGUCCAGAGGUCAUCAGGGGAGAGAAGUAUGAUGGGAGGAAAGCAGACGUCUGGAGCUGUGGGGUCAUUCUUUUUGCCCUGUUGGUGGGUGCCCUGCCGUUUGAUGACGACAACUUGAGGAAUCUGCUAGAGAAGGUGAAGUUGGGAGUGUUUCACAUGCCACACUUCAUUCCCCCAGACUGUCAGAACCUCCUCCGUGGCAUGAUCGAAGUGGAUGCCACCAAAAGACUAACGUUAGAACAGAUCCAGAAGCACACAUGGUACAUAGGGGGGAAGAACGAACCAGAGCCGGAGCAGCCGGUGCCCAGGAAGGUGACCAUCCGCAGCCUGCCCUCUGCAGACGACAUCGACCCAGACGUACUGGACAGCAUGCACUCCCUGGGCUGCUUCAGAGACAAAAACAAACUACUGAAAGACCUGCUCUCUGAUGAUGACAACCAAGAAAAGAUGAUCUACUUCCUGUUACUGGACCGUAAGGAGAGGUACCCCAGUCAGGAGGACCAGAACCUUCCCCCUCGCAAUGAGAUCGAUCCCCCACGGAAGCGGGUGGACUCUCCCAUGUUGAACCGUCAUGGCAAGAGGAGACCAGAGAGGAAGUCCAUGGAGGUCCUCAGUGUCACAGACGGAGGCUCACCUGUACCGGCGAGGAGGGCUAUCGACAUGACACAGCACGGACAGAGGUCGCGGUCUAUUAGUGGAGCCUCCUCCGGUCUCUCCACCAGCCCCCUCAGCAGCCCACGGGUUACCCCUCACCCUUCCCCCCGAGGCAGUCCCCUCCCCACCCCAAAGGGCACCCCGGUGCACACUCCCAAGGACAGCCCGGCUGGGACCCCCACCCCCACGCCGCCCCCCAGCCCUUCCAUCGGAGGCAUGCCUUGGAGGACGCGCCUCAACUCCAUCAAAAACAGCUUCCUGGGCUCGCCACGCUUCCACCGCAGGAAACUCCAAGUUCCAACACAAGAGGAGAUGUCCAGCCUCACACCAGAGUCUUCCCCAGAACUUGCCAAAAAAUCCUGGUUUGGUAACUUCAUCAACCUGGAAAAAGAGGAGCAGAUCUUCAUUGUCAUCAGAGACAAGCCUCUCAGCUCCAUCAAGGCAGACAUCGUUCAAGCCUUUCUCUCGAUCCCCAGCCUGAGCCACAGUGUGAUCUCACAAACCAGUUUCCGAGCAGAGUACAAGUCCACAGCCGGCCCUACAGUCUUCCAGAAGCCGGUCAAAUUCCAGGUGGAUAUCACCUACACAGAGAGCACAGCUGCCACCAAGGAGAACGGCAUCUACUCUGUCACCUUCACCCUGCUCUCAGGACCCAGCCGGCGCUUUAAGCGAGUAGUGGAGACAAUUCAGAGCCAAUUGUUAAGCACACAUGACCAGCCAGGGGUCCAACAGCUGUCUGGCAGCCCAUUGAGUAACUUCUUUGACGUAAUAAAACAACUUUUUUCAGACGAGAAGAACGGACAGGUGCCCUACCCCUCUGGCACGCCCACCAAGCGCUGCCCCUCGCCCAUGCACGUCCGGAGGCACGAGCCAGAAAAUAAUGACACCAAAUUCCCCGAUGCGGGUCGAGACAGAGCCAAGUUGUCGGUGGCGUCCAUGGGGACACCGGAGGAGUCUUAGACCGAGACGCAGUGUAGUUGAGCCAGCGCUAAAACCCACCCCAUUAUCACUAUUACCCAGUGGCACAGAGAGAGAAUAUCUGUACAUAGUUAGAUGUACAUAAUCAUUUAUGGACAUUUUUUGUAUAAAAUACUUUAUAUAGAUAGAAUAUAUUAAGAGAAUCAAAGUGAUAUUUUACAAAAAGCAUACUGCACACAUGACACUCUUUUCAUCACCCCUCAGCACCCACCAUUAUCAUCCACCCCUCUACCCGCACCAUGUAACUGCCUGUGGCCCUUGCUCUGUUUCUUUGCCUCCUUGCUGCUAACCUGUGUGAUGACCUGACUUGUUUCUGAUACCAGGAAUUAUCCAGAAAACCUAUUAAGCCCCUCCUCCUGCUCCCUGCUCCGUUCGCCUUCCCUCGACCACCCCUCCACCCCCCCACGAACGUGCCGAGAGAGACGGACAUUUGUUGACGGAGGACUGCUUUUAGAGGUGCGCUGAAAAAAGGGGGGGUGGUUACCAUGGAAACAGACCCUUCAUGCAGACUUCUACCUUCAUCUCCCUCUGCGCCCCCUUCUCCACCUCUGGCAGCCAUCAGUAGAAGUAGAUGAAAAUACCUUUAGUGUUCCCCCGUCUUAGGAACACACACACGUGCACAACACAAUCGACACAAAUCCCGAUGAGAACGCACACGCCCCUCGCCAACCGGCCACCCUUUUUUUUUUUUUCCCCUCAAGGAGCAAUCAUCAAUUGGAAAAGCAUUUUACAAAAGACACUACACACACAAAAACAUGUACAUGCAUACAUGCACAGGUCCAGUAUGCACAGAAAACUCUGGGAUGUUUUAACACAAACAUGAACAACAAAAAGAAGACAUGCAGAAACGGACUGAUUCAGAGGAGGAGAGAAGGGGGAGGAGUUUUGUGGAAAAGCCCAAACAGCCGACGUGGAUGCUUGCUGGAUUGUAUUUGUUUGCUUUUUAUUGUACUUUCUUUGUGAAGAACUGGGUUUAAAAUACUUACUGACUUUAUUAGACGUAAUACUAUUGCUGCAAAUGGACUGGAAUUGUGAUUUCAGAGAGGAGUGGGGUGUGAGCAGAACAGGGCAGAGUGGGAGAUGAUAUGAUAGUAUAGGGUUGGGGGGAGGGACGAGGGUGGGUUUUGGGGGUAUUUAAAAUGAAUGAUCUAUUCUGUUGUACAGACUGAUAUCAUUUCUUAUGUAUAAAAAAUGAAAUGUCUAGUUGUGACACUAUGUUUAGAUACCAUAGGGUCAGGUUGGUAAACCUGCUCCUGCCACAUACUGUUCUUUUAAAAUUUGUCUGUGUAUUUUUGUUACAUGAUCAUUUAUGUCUUUGUUUGAUUGACCUAAUAAUGAUCCAAACAUUCCUGUUUGUGUUAUCUGCAGCACUUUGUUUUCGGUUUUCCAUUGAUACCUCUCUCUUAGACUCACUUACCAGCAGUAGGAGUAGAGGAACAAAAAAAAUUAUGACGUGAUAAAUGCAAUUGUGGAUAUUUUUGUAUUUCUGUCCUUAUUUAUUUGUUUGUUCAUCUCACUGUUUGAUUUCCUAAUUUAUUAUAACUUGGCUAUUUAUAUGAACAAAGCUGUUAGGUCAGUUGAAUGUUAUUUAUUACCCUCUUGUGUGUUUGUAAAUGGGGCAACAUUUGAAGAAAAAAAUGAACUUUUUUUCUUUUUGUUUUGGUCUGCAUUUAACAGAAUUAUGUGAUCAACAAGUCACAAUUUCUCUUUUCCCUGACCUCUCUAAAGAGGGAAAGAGAACUUGUGGGAACUCUUGAAAAAAAAUGAUUUACCAGUAAUUUAAGAAUGUAGACUUAGCCUCUUUUUGGAGAGGGAAUAUGCUCUUCUAUUGAUAUUUGUCAGUUUCAUAUUAUUGUGCGUGUAGGCCAGGCCUGAGGAGAAGGACGCCACAGAUCCAAAACUUCUUCUUCUCUUUGUAAAUAUACAAACAAACCAUGGGGGUUGAUUGUCUUCUCAACCAUGCUGGGGAUUCCUGCUCUAUGCUUUUAGCUUGUAUUGCUGUGUGCAUGUCAAACAUGAGCUUUUCUUUGCAUGGCUUUAAUGUUCAUGUUCCAUGCCAAACUCACUCCUUCUCUCAGCCUUCAUCGAUUCUCUCUCCACAAAACUACCUUUGAAAUGUUUUAAAUUCUCCCUCUGUCCCUUACCUUUCACCCUCUCUGCUUUUAUUUCUGGCCUUCUUCUUCUUAUUUUUUUUAUUGUUCCCUCGCUCCCGCUAAUCUUUCCCUUCCUCCUCCUCCUCUUAUCUUGUGCACAAAGUUUUUGAACGAUGCUUCCUUUACUCUGUACCUCUCGCUGGAAGGCUUGGAGGUCUGGGCUCUCUCUACCUGUUGGUAGAAGAGGCACAGUGAGGGGAUAUCAGUACACAAACACAAAGCAAUACCCUAUCGUUCACCCUCCUUUCUGUUUUCUACAAUGGGAAGCUAGCAGCACCAAGGACAUCUGAUGAUUCUGAGGCCCAGAGUGGUCUUCUGACAGAGCAGGAACAAAACUGACUGAUGUAAUCCCCAUAUAAAAUAACUGUGAGCAUCUUCAGUGCUGAAACAAAUAAACUCAUUAAGUUAUG